ACCCGUCUUAUUCUCGAAUGUUGUGGAACGAAGGCGAGCAAAAACAACAACAAGAAAAGCAACAACACAACACAACAAAGGUGGCUUGCGUUUGAAAUUGAAUUUCUACAUUCAUUACAUUAUUACUCACAAUACAAUUUGGACGUUUGUUGGCGCAAGAAGCUUUCGAGCUGAAAUAAAUUUACAAAAUAUAAAAAAAAAACCAGAGUUAAAUUUAACGUGCAAGUGCUUUUCGAUCAAAACUAAAAUCAAACUAAAGAAAUUUGACAAAUUAUAGUUCCUAAAGGUGAAAACCAGUUGCACGUCAAAAAAAAAAAACAAAGACAACAAACAAACUUAAAGCAAACAAAACAAAGGAACAAUUAAAUCCAGUUUUCCAAUUGGAAAGACGCAAGCCACACAAAUUCCAGUGAAGAUUUGAAUCAAAGCAGCAACAAAAACAAAUAUGGAUGCCAAUAAGAACAAUGAGGAGCAACAACAACAACAACCACAACAGCAGCAGCAGGAGAAAAACAACGAUGGAAAUCUGCGCACGGAUAGCGAAAGCUCGACGGACAGCAUGACGCGCUUUUUACUGCCCAGCUUGGAUGGCAGUCCACCCAAGGUGGUCACCAUGGAUGAGGUGGCGAGCAUGUUUAAGAAUCUCAAAAACAUGGAGCUGGCACAUGAGAUAGCGCUCAAUCCCGAAUUUAAACUGCAACCCUAUGAGCCGCCAAUGGAUAGUUUGGAAGGUCGCAUUAAAACCAUGGUGCACAAAGCAUUUUGGGAUUUGUUGCGACAACAACUGGAACGUGAUCCACCAUCUUAUGAUCAGGCCAUAAGGCUGCUGGGCGAGAUUAAAGAGGACUUUCCACAACUGCUGUCGGCCAAAAAUGCCAGUCUAUUGGGUCGCAUCAAUGCGGCUUUGGAUGAGUCACUCAUCCGACAGCAGGCGGAACGUGGCGUUCUCGAUUUCCGUUCCUAUGCAAAUUUCGUUAUCAAUUUACUGGCCAGCAUGUGCUGCCCGGCAAGGGAUGAAGGCGUUGCCAAAUUGCGUGAUAUUGAGGAUGUGGUGGACACAUUUCGUGGCAUACUCGAGAUGAUGUCACUCAUGAAACUAGACAUGGCCAACUUUUUGCUGGCCGUGGCUCGCAGCGAUAUUGCCGCCAAUUCUGUGGAAUAUGAGAAGCAAAAGUUCAGCACUUAUCUGAGAGAAUUCCACGGCAAUGCUGGUUUUCCUGCCACUGAGGAUUGGCUGAACCGUCAUCGCGCUGGUUGCAACAACACGGAUGACAUUAUCUAUAAGGCGUAUAUGCAGCUGUUGGAUUAUCCGGCGGAUAAGCAGUUCCCCGAGCUAUUGGCCAUUGAUAAGGAACGCUUUGAGGGUCUCAGCUGGCGUGGACAACGCUUGAUACUCUGUGCCUCACUCAUCUCUAUAGCACAGGGUGUUCCCGUCAUUUCACAACGUCGCGAUAAUCGUGUUAAGCUCGCCCAGCAACUGGACAUUCUAGUGAAACAUGUAAAGCAGGAGGAUCAAAUUGGUGAUGCAAUUGAUGCCUGCAAUGAGCAGAUACGGGCAUUUAUUAAUGAAUCUCUGGCCAGUGAGCAGGCGCCUCCAAUGAGCGAUGCACAGCAGGCACAGCUCCAGAGUCAGAUUCAACAGCUGGCCAACAAGACGUCCCCGGUUCGAGCCCUAAUGACUAAUCGCUUGGAUGGCUUUGUGCGCGUCGCUUUGCGCUCCAAUGGAAAUAUACCGCCACCGCCUUCUGGAUUUGCCGACUACGAGGAGGAACUGGUUGCAUUUAUAGCCUCGUUCCGGCGACUUGUCAGCUAUAAUCACGCCGUGUUUGGGGAAUACUUUAUACAGCUGCUGGACAAGCAACGUUCCAGUGUGGAGACUGUGACUGAUGCAGCCGGCAGCAGUGGAGGAUUAGCCUCGGGAUUGACACAGACUGCCAAGCCUUAGACCAAAAAUAUGAAAUAUAACGAAUAUAUAUAUAUAUAAAUAUAGAUAUACAUACAUAUAUCUGUCGGCUGGAUGUAUGCGUUGGAAGCGCGAAAGUACACCACAAUUUGUUGCAAUCUAUGGAAACUAUGGAAAAU